ACAUAAUUCUAUGACUAUCUUUAUAGUUCUCUGACUGUACCAAAGAAAAACUUCUGUUUCCUCUUUGACUGUAUAUUCGUGUUCUGUGUUUGACUGUACUGUGGUUCACUAGCGCGGUAAGCAUUUCUUUUAGGUUAGGCUAGACAUUCGCGUUUUUAAAUUUGAUGAAUGAUAAUAUUCAAAACCAGAAGAAAUAAAAAUGGAUAUCUUCCCAAGAGGCGGUAGAAAGAUUCAUGCAAUAAAACGAAAGGCAAAAAAUGACACGCUUUUUGGAAAUGUGCCGAAAAAAAAUAAGAAAGAAAAAUUCGAAAAAAAAACCAUAAAAAGUGCAGAGGAAAACCAAAUAACACAUAUUAAAAUGCUUUCGAGAGAAACAAUUUUGGAAGGCAUGACGUUAUUAGCAUGCAUCAAAAAAAUUACUGAAAAUGCUUUAGAAAUAGAGUUACCUGGAUUAAUCACUGGAAAAGUAAUGAUUGAUUCGAUAUCUGACACACUUGUUGAAACAUUGAAAAAGGCACUAAAUGACUCAAAAAUAACUUCAGUAUGUGAUGUAUUGAAAACUUUUUUUCAUUGUGGGCAAUUUGUUCCUUUGAAAAUUAAAACAAUACAAACCAAAGAUGAAAACUGUGUCAUUCUUGGAAGUAUAUCUCCUAAAGAUGUGAACAGUGAUAGAUUUCAUAAUUCUUUCAAAAAGGGGGAAUUAAUUUGGGCUACAGUUAUAUCAGAACUUGACCAUGGAUAUCAACUAGAAUGUGGUGUUACAAAUUGCAGAAUAUUUCUUCCAAUUCAGCAUUUAGAAGAAGGUGCAAAACCAGAAAUUGGACAACCAAUCUGGUGCAAAGUGCAUCGAGUUGAUACUGAUAAUACUGCUUCUAUUCUAAGAGUGGGAACUAAGAGGCAACAUAUUGAUUCAAUUCUUACUGAUGAUACUAUUCCAUUGAGUUCGAUCUUACCUGGAACAAAGGUGGAGGUAUAUGUCGAAAAGGUGGUCAAAAAUGGAAUACACUGUAAAUUCUUGGAGAACUAUACUGGUUUCAUUCAUGAAUCACAGUUAGAUCCAGUAAUGCGAAACAUAAAUACCAUUAAGGAAUCUACAGUGAUGUGUGGAUAUCUUCUAUAUGUGGAAAACAUUACUAAAAUCGCCCAUUUGAGUAUGAGAAGCUUGGCUUCAAUGUAUGAAUUGGUAUUUGAAAGGGGCAGUAAAGUAUUUGCAGAGGUUAUAGGAAGGAAUGAAGUUGGUGUUUAUUUCAAACUCAAUAAAAAUGAAAAAGGUUGGGUAUCUAACAAACGUAUUUUGAGCACUUCGAGAACCAAUGGUAAUAGUAACAAUUUCAUAAAAGAAAAGUUUCCUAAAGGCAGCAAACACCAAUGUGUUGUUUUGUGUUAUAAUCAUAUGGACCGUGUGUACAUAUGUGGUGUAGAGAAAGAGCUUCUCAAGGAAAUAUAUUUCUCUUCGAAGGAUUUGAAGGUGGGUGAUCUGGUUGAAGGAUCGAUACAAGAGAUUAAGAAAAAUGGCGUUAUUCUGUCAGUUGGACGAGUGAAGGGUUUCAUACCAAAUAUUCAUUUAACCGAUGUUUUAUAUUCUGAGUAUUUGAAGAAAAAAUUUGUGGUUGGUAAAAAGAUUCAAGCAAGAGUUUACUCAUCAAACGAGAAGAGUGUUAUUUUCACAUCAAAGCCAUCUUUCCUCAAAGAAGAUACAUUUUUUCAUGAUUUGAAAACAGUCCAAUUGAAUCAAAUUUAUCCAGCCCUUGUAUUGAAAGCUAAAGUCCAUGGAUUGGUUUUAUCAUUUUUUAAUAAUAUCGAAGGAUAUGUUCCUUUCAAAGAGUACAACUUUCAAGUAACACAAGAAUAUAGGGACAAUCCUUCUGCUUUCUUCUACUCUGGGCAAGUGAUUAAAGUACGAGUUCUAUCAGUGAAAACUGAUAGAAUAAUAGCAACGCUUAAGUUAGAAGCUAGUUCGACACUUUGCCGUGCAAAGUUAGCACACAAUUCACAUCUUUCACACUUUCAAGUACUAAAAACAAAAAACCUAAACAUAAUCAACAAACACGAUGCCGGCAAGAACGAUACGAGAACUUCAGAAGCUCCAGAAAUUCCAGGCCUUCCCCUGUGUGGCCAAACUUCUUCCCCAUCGCGGCUAUGUGUUGAGAGGGCUGUGAUUCACCCCUUAUCUUCUAUUUCAAAUUUCUUCUCUGCAGGGACAAAAAAAAUCAAUGAGGCUGAGUCAUCUUCAGAUGAUGAAGAAGAUGAAGAAAAUCUAAAUAAGAAGCAAAAUAAAUUUAAAAAUAGAAAUGUGGACCAAACACAGGAAAUUGAAAGUAUUGAGCACUAUGAUAAACUUCUAAUGAAAAACUCAAAUUCUUCCACAUUGUGGUUGAAGUAUAUAGCAUUCUGCUUAUCGAUACAAGAAUUUGAAAAAGCUAGGAACAUUGGAAGAAGAGCCUUAGCAUCUAUAAAUAUGACCUGUGAAGAUGAUAAAUUCAAUAUUUGGAUGACAUUACUGAGUAUAGAGAAUUUAUAUGGAACAAAGGAAUCCUUCGAAAAUGUGUUGGAGGAGGCUGUUAAACAGAAUGAUGCCUUCAAGGUCUACAAGAGAGUUACAGAUCUUCUUCUCAAAAGUGGUAAACAUGUUGAAUUAGAGGAGAAAAUAAGAAAAAUGAAAACGAAAUUCAAAAAUGAACCUUCGAUGUGGGUUCACAUUGCUAAGAUUUAUUAUCUUAUGGGAAAUUUCAAAGAAGCUAGAAAUAUAAAGAAUUUAUGCCUUAAGUCAAUUACUAUCAAGAAAGAACAGUACAACCUUAUAUUGAAAUUUGCAAUAAUGGAAUUCACCCAUGGGGAGAUUGAAACUGGUAUACUUAUAAUGGAAAGUGUACUCCUAACUUAUCAUAAUAAGAUAGGAGCUUGGAUGAUUUAUAUUGACCAACUAAUUAGUAAAAACCUAUACAAAGAGGCAAGGGAUGUUCUAAACAGGGCCAUUUCUCUUUCUCUUCCUCUGAAAUCAACCAAAGUUAUAUACCAUAAAUAUAGAACAUUUGAAGAAAAAUAUGGAACACCAGAAACACUUGCUGCCUUCAAAGAAAAGGCAAAACGUAUUUUGCAAGAAAAAAUACAAGUUGUGUCCUGAUGAGAUUGAUAUUUAAGAUGUAUGUAAAUAUGUGAUACUCUCGUUAAUGUAGAUGGUUUCGUUAUAUGAAUAAAUACUUAAAUAUUA